CUGGUUUGUUGUAGUUCUUCCUGGUUGAUGUGGACACAGAGCUGCGGGGUGAGGUCUGUUGUUGUGUCUGGGUGAAUGAUGUGGACGUUUAGAAAACUAUAAAGAGGAAUUUAUGUAGUUAACGAUGUUUUAAGAAAGUGUUUGUUUGUAGUCCGGACAAACCCGACCGUUAGUCCGUCUUCUUCUUCUCUUGUUCCGGUGUCCUUUCAUACCACCAGUGAGUGCUGCGGUGAAUCUCCCAUUCGCUGCCUAUUGGAUUGUUAGCUCAGCUGCUAACGCUAUGAACUCUGUGGAUAAUACUUGUGAACCCAAAUAGUCCCCCAGAUAGUCCCCGAGAAGAAGACAUGGCGUCCUCCAGAGCCAAGGUGGGAGUCCACGGUGACACGAACUGUCUGAAAGAAAGUAAAAAUAACACCGGCGGCGGCGGCAGUGCAGCUGGAGAGGCAUCACCGAUUAACCGAAUAUACAGUCUGGACGAGCUGGAGACCGUCGCCACAGUGGGUACGGGGACGUUUGGCCGAGUCUUCCUGGUGAAGGACAAGAAGAGCAGGAACUUCUUCGCCCUGAAGCAGAUGAAGAUCUCCGACGUGAUCCGACUGAAGCAGGAGCAGCACGUCCACAACGAGAAGGAGGUGCUGAUGGAGGUCAACCACCCCUUCCUCAUACGACUGUUCUGGACACAUCACGACGAGCGCUUCCUCUACAUGCUCAUGGACUACGUUCCCGGCGGCGAACUCUUCAGCUACCUGCGCAGCCGCGGACGCUUCAGCAACGCCACGGGUCUCUUCUACACCUCUGAGAUCGUCUGCGCCAUCGAGUACCUGCACUCCAAAGAAAUCGUGUACCGCGAUCUGAAGCCCGAGAACAUCCUGCUGGACGGAGAGGGACACAUCCGCCUGACGGACUUCGGCUUUGCUAAGAAGCUCUCUGACAGGACCUGGACUCUGUGUGGGACUCCGGAGUAUCUGGCUCCUGAAGUCAUCCAAAGUAAAGGUCACGGCCGGGCGGUGGACUGGUGGGCUUUGGGGAUCCUGGUCUUUGAAAUGCUGGCUGGGUACCCGCCGUUCUUUGAUGACAACCCUUUUGGGAUCUACCAGAAGAUCCUGGCCGGACGGCUGGAUUUCCCACGACAUCUGGAUUUCUAUGUCAAAGACCUCAUCAAGAAGUUUCUGGUCAUCGACCGAGCCAGACGGCUGGGCAACAUGAAGAACGGAGCGGACGAUGUGAAGAAACAUCGAUGGUUCAAGACGAUCGACUGGGACGCCGUUCCUCUGAGGAAGCUCAAGCCUCCCAUCCUUCCCAAAGUUUCCCACGAGGGCGACACAUCUAACUUCGACGUCUACCCCGACGAGGACUGGAAGAAAGACCCCCCCGUGCCUCAGAAGGACUUAGAGAUCUUCAAGAACUUCUGAUGGCUUCAUUAUUAUUAUCAGUGAAUCCUGAGAAUCACUCGACAUGUUGAGAAGUUACAGGUACCAUCGUGGAGAGAGAGACGGGGGGAGGGGGCACAUAUAUCUGUAAUAAACCCCCCCCUCACCCUCGCCCUUUAAAGACAAACCUCCUGAUGAUCGGCACUGUGACGUGUGUCACUCCACAGAUUUGCUUUUUAUACUUUUAUUUAUGUGACUUCAGUCGAACCUUUUUGCUGUUUUGGAUUUUUUCGAUCACCGUUUUUUCUCUGAGCCUGCUCAUAUGCAAAAACCAGAAGAAGACUGUUACUUUGUAGUUAGAAAAAAAAGAAAAAAAAGGAGAAUAAUCAGGUCUUUUUUUGAUAUCGUCAUGUUUUAAUAUUUUAUCUGUUUUUAAAAAACGUUGACGCAGUCAUAUUUCACGUGACUCCACACCGGUGCUGCAGCUCUCAGCCAGCUCUCGGCCAGUACUUGUAUGAACAAUGUGCGGCUUUUCGACUCGUUAUAUCAGAGUCGGCCGCUCGCUGUGACGAUGUGUGACCAGUAGCACUUGUUAAAGGUGCCUUACAUCCUUGUUUGAGUUACACAAAGUUCACUUGAAAAGUUGCUCAGACUUGAAGGCUCCAUGCAGGACUAACUGGAGCUGAAUGUCUCCUACUGUAAACUCUUCUUCUUCUUCCAGCUCUCGUCUUUCCUUCUGACAGUUGUUAUUAUCACAUGGUCCCAGCUGUUCUGCAAAAUGACUUUCCCACGACUCUUUGAGCCCAUUCACUUCACCGAUCGUCAUCCUUGUUUGUCCUGCGUUUAAAGCCAAAUCGUAAAAGAAGACCACUCAGAUUUUGUCAGUUGAAUCUCUGCGCUCUUGAGUUUCCCCCGCUACAAAAAAAACUCAUCCAGAGGUCAAAUCUGAUCUGUGUGGUGAGCAAAGAAGCAAGGAGGGGCUGCGAGCUGAGCUGCUUGUUUCUUUGCACUCAGCAUUGAUUCCUUUAAUGUCUUAAAGCUUUUUUUCUGCAGGCCAGAUUAUCCAAACAGGCCACCUUCUAUUAAAAAAUAAAACACAAAAACUGAGGGUACACAAUGUUAUUUGCAACGCGUUAGUUAGGAGGGGCUGCGAGCUGAGCUGCUUGUUUCUUUGUGAAACCAUUAAAAACACUAAGAAGAGAAGUUGCAUCGUCAAAAAUCGGAGAUUGUAGGUUGGCGUUCGGUGGCGAAAGGAUGUCAGGAGGGGCUGCAAGCUGAGUUACCACCAACUUGAUUUUAAACUCAGCUUUUAUCAUGUACGUAUCAUGUAUUUAACUGGAAGCUGAAUUAUCCACAGAGGUCUCAUCUUAGAAACAAAAGACCCGAUGACUUAAACAAGUAUAAACACAGUUUUCAUGUCCCAGCAGCAUUAUCAACAGUGAACAGUAAAGCAGUCGCUCAAUAAAAAUCAAGGUGGGCUCUCCGGGGGCCGGGUGCCGAGCUGCUGCUCACUGUAUGGUGAAUGAACUCAAAGCAGUCGAGAAGUUGUCGGCAACAAACGUUUAAAUGUGAAGUGGACUCGGACACGUCUGAGAAACUAAAAUGAGUUAAAUGGUCUUACAGUGAGAAAAGGAAAAUUUGACUGACAAAAUCCCGAGCCAGUAUCGGCCCCAUGAGAGGCAGUCUGUAAUAAUUCAUUCAUCGUGAAGUCGAGGAUUCUUUUGCUACUUUGGGACUUUAAUGGCCUUUGAAUCACUUUUUUUGUACUUAUGUUUUCUGCCUAACAUCCUGGUGACUUUGUGCUUUGUGUAAUCGAACCUGACUCUCAUGUCUCGACUGUUCUCUUGCACAAUCAUGACUCGUACUGUUUGUUUCUUCACACGAUGCUGAUGUUGGUCUGAACAAAGAAAUGUUUCUUCUUUCCUAUCAUCGUUUUUGAAUCAUGUGUUGCCUUUUUCAUUGUUUUCAUCCUUCAUGUUGUUUGGACACUGUGCUGAAAACUCGUCUGCAGCGUCCUGUUGUUACCUCCGUGUGUUGUUGCGUGACUCUUCAGGAGUAAACACUUGAAACACCA